UCCUCUCCCUCAGGAUGACUGGGAGUGACGCAGGGCAGACGGAAAAAACAGGGUCUUGAAUGGAAGCAGGGGAUGCUGGAAGGACUUUAUCCUGAAUUUAUUUCUCCGGUUUAAGAUCGGAUGCACGGCCUGGCCCUGCGCCCAGAGAACAUGCCCGUUACCUGUGGGAAGGCUUUUCCUGGGACCGAUCAGUAGGAAACCAUCGCCUCAUCCUUGGGGCGGAUCAGUUUGGACACAUUCCAAGGUGACGUUGGUUCCUGUUUCUGCUGAUGGGAAACUAGUCCAGACAUUUAUUUUUGUCACCGAACACCAAGUUCUGAAUCUCUAGGUGGGAUUUUUUUUUUUUUUUUUUUUUUUGGACCCCGUUUCUCCGUCAUUUGAUCAAAUCUCCAUCAUGAAUUACCUGCGUCGCCGCCUCUCGGACAGCAAUUUCAUGUCCAAUCUGCCCAAUGGCUACAUGGGCGACCUCCAACGCCCUGAGCCGCCGCAGCAAAGCCCCGCAGUGUCGCCCGGGCCGGCGGAGAGGCGCCAGCCCCCGGCCCAGCAGCAGCAGCAGCAGCAGCAGCAGGCUGCAGGUGGGGGCUCCGGUUUCUUCUCCUCCUUAUCCAACGCUGUCAAACAGACCACAGCCGCUGCAGCGGCAACUCUAUCCGAGGCGGCGGAUCGGGCUGGCGUCUCCAGUCACGGCAAGAUCCUCCUGGUUAUCGACGACCAGCAGACUGACUGGGUGAAGGUCUUUAGAGGAAGAAAGAUCCACGGUGAAUUUGACAUCAAGGUAGAACAGGCAGAAUUCUCAGAGAUCAACCUGGUGGCCAAUGCCAAUGGCACCUACAACGUCGACCUUGAUGCCAUCAGGAAUGGGCACAAGGUUACUAAGUCAUUUAAGCCAGACUUUGUGCUGAUCAGACAGCACGCUUUCAGCAUGGACAGGAAUGGAGACCAUCGCAACAUGGUGAUUGGACUGCAGUAUGCCGGACUGCCAAGUGUUAACACUCUUCACUCUGUCUAUAACUUCUGUGACAAACCAUGGGUGUUUGCUCAGAUGUCAAGACUCCACAAGCAGCUGGGCCCAGAUGAGUUCCCACUGAUUGAGCAGGUUUAUUAUCCAAAUCAUAAGGAAAUGAUCAGCGCCCCUCGGUUCCCUGUCGUUGUGAAGAUGGGCCAUGCUCACUCAGGAAUGGGAAAGGUGAAAGUGGACAAUCAAUAUGACUUUCAAGAUAUCGCUAGCGUUGUGGCGCUGACCAAGACUUAUGCCACAUCCGAGCCUUUCAUUGAUGCAAAGUAUGACGUCCGCAUCCAGAAGAUCGGUAACAACUACAAGGCUUAUAUGAGGACCUCCAUUUCUGGCAACUGGAAAACAAACACUGGUUCUUCAAUGCUUGAGCAGGUGGCCAUGUCAGACAAGUAUAAAUUAUGGGUGGAUUCAUGCGCAGAUAUCUUUGGAGGGUUAGAUAUCUGUGCUGUGGAGGCUCUGCAUGGUAAAGAUGGAAAGGACUAUAUUAUAGAGGUUGAUGACUGUUCGAUGCCACUGAUUGGGGACCAACAGGAUGAGGAUCGAGUUCAGAUUGCAGAACUAGUGGUUUCAAAAAUGCAGGAGACUAUUCCACGUACUCCCAGUUCUUCCUCAGUCCGGGCUGCAGCAGGACAGCCAGCACAGAAAGCAGUUUCUCCUCAGCCUGUCUCACAGCCAAGAGUACCACAGACUCAACAGCGCCCCUCCCCUCAGGGUGGUCCCCAACAAAGUCCUCCUACGCAGCAGCGCCCCCAGCCUCAAGGCCAACCUCCUGCACCAACUCAGCCUUCUGCUGCCGGCCUGGGCGCUGCAGAGCCCACUUCCCAGACCAAGGCUAGCCAAGGCCCCUCAGCCCAAACCCGAGCUCCAGGUCAGGGCGCUCCUCAGCGAAGCCAGGGAGGCUCCCCUCAAACUCAAAGGCAGCAGUCAGUCUCCCAGCAGCAGAAACCUUCUGGUGGGGGUCCUGGCCAGAAACCUGCAGGCGGGCAGCAACAAAAACCUGCCCCACUCCCUAGACAGCAGUCACAGGGAGGAUCACAGAAGGCCCAGCCGAGCCGCCCCGGGCCACCAACCACAACACAGCCAAGGCCUGCCGCUCAAGGUCAGGGCGGCCCAGGAGGACGCCCCCCUCUGCAGCAAAAGCCACAGCCCCCACAGAAGCCCAGUCAGGACAGCCCAGCUAUGGGCGGUUCUCCACAGCUAAACAAAUCCCAGUCUCUUACCAAUACCUUCAACAUUCCAGAAACCCCAGCGCCCCGAGCCAGCCUUAGCCAGGACGAGGUGAAGGCUGAAACCAUACGCAAUCUACGCAAAUCUUUUGCCAGUCUCUUCUCAGACUGAGCUGGCAUCAGAUCCUCCCACCCCUCUUUCUUCCUCCGGCUGAGAGAAAAAAAACGCACAGGCAACCUGAUGGACACCCAUCUCCACCUCCCCGGAAACGAGCAAGGACCAACAGUAUCACCGCUUUAUGAGUGUGACAUGAAAGCACACACACCUGACAUCCAUUUCCCAAACAGACAAUAUCUAUUAGAGUGAACAAAAGGUAGAGUAGAGACGGGUGAUGUGAUGUUUCAAACAUUUCUUGCCUGGCUUAAAGCUUAACUGAGUCAUCAGAUCAAACCUCACAAAUGUCUGUGUAUUUGCAUGCAACAGUCAUUACCUAAAAUCAGAAACAAAGCAACACACAAUCCUGCUUCCUCGUUUGUCGGUGCUGUAAAUCCGUCGUGGUGUUUGUGGUUAAAAAAAAAACUAAAGGACUGUACAAAUGUUAUUGGGAAAAUAGUUGAGCUUUUUUUCCUCUCUUCAGUAAAACCCUGUUUUCCUUAGAACUAUUCCAACUUAUUCAAAAACAACAUUUCCUUUUCCUAAAAAGAACCGUUUGACAAUACACAAGAAAUGGUGGGUAGGUGGGGAUUAAAACGAUGUAGCAACUUAACCUAAGAGUAAAUUCGCUAAAGCAACAUUAAAAAGUAGUUUUAUUUUAUUUCUUCUAAGCUGGGAAGCCAACAGAAAUAUUAUUAGGUGUGGCAGUGGUGCAGCGGAGGGGACGAGCUACGCAGGGUUAACAAAGACAUCUGCCGUUAUUAUUGCUUUAAAGGUUGUUUGAAGUGUUAGAUAAACCAAUACUUACACCCAGAUGUAUAUGGACUGUACAAGCUGACAAAACAUGAAAUAAAAUCCUAAAAUUAAAUACCUUAAAAAUAAUAGUAAAACAGCAUGAGAUUAAAGAUUAAAUGUAUCACGGUGGCAUAAAGAUAGUGUUAGGAAUAACAUUUGAAACACAAUGAAUGAAAAGAAACUCUUCCUCUUAUUUGGGAAGGAGACUACAGAUGGCAUAAGAGAGUCUCUGCACGUUUAUUCAGGAUCUUGACACGUCUCCUAGAAUAUAGAGCUAGAAUAUAGAGCAGAUAGGGUUUCAUACAAAGAUCAAGGUACAAAGAAAGUCAAAGUAAAGGAAUCACAAAAAUUCAACAUCUCUCUCUCUAUAUAUAUAUAUAUAUCUUUUUGCUAAGAUGCCAGAGAGUAAUUGAGUUUUUUAGUGAUUUUUCGAAGUAGCACCAUAUCCCACCUUAUCAAAUUCUCCGCUACCGCAACCUUCUGCUGGUCACUCUUAUACUUUUUACACUUUUAUAAUUACAAUAAUCAAUGCUUUGUUGUAUCUUUUCCUCCCCUGGAAUGAUACUUUUUACUAUUUCAUAUAUUGGCAUAUAUUUCUGUCAAUAUGGUGCUACUAUGAAACCAUUGUAUUUCUAUCAGGGCUAUCGUAUCUUGAAACCCUUACACAAAACCAGGCUUAGCUGUCACAUUGCUAUUGAUAAGUUGAAUUAUGUUUUGCCUUUUUGACUGCAUACUUGUUGCAUUGAAUGCUUUCAUUUAGGUUUCAGAUUUUAGUGUUAUCCAGUAUUAAUGCAGUCACAAAAGUCGAAAGUAGCAAAAAUCAAAACUGGUUGAUUAGGAUAAGAGGCCUGUGAAAAACUACAGGAAUAGAACUCAGAAAAUGUAUGUACAGUAUGUGUGCUGGUAAUGUAUUUUAAAACGUUAUGUUAAAGAAUCUUUUCCCUUUAGACCUGCAAAGCAACAGGGAAUCCGAUCAAUGCAUAAUUGUCAGUUAAAAAAGGGAAUAACUGCAAUAUAAAUGGCAUUUAUAACAAAUAUAUUGUUUUUACCUCUGGUUACCAUGGUGUGUUUUGCAAUUUAUAAGGCAAGCAUUAUUGUUUUUCUUAUUUGCUUGGAUUUCUGGGGCCAUUUGCAGAUUUCCAUACCCUUGGCAGGUCCUCAUUUUGUGAUCCCCUGCCACAUUUCCACAACCCCCUAAAAAGUUGCUGUAUCAUGCACUCAUGUUCGUCUUAUUACUUGUGUUUUAGGACUCAAUCAACAGCAUGUAGCUAAAUGUUUUUGAUGUAAAGUAUAUUUAAUCGAUUGAGGGUUUAAGCAGAAACACAUAUAAGAACGGAUGGAGAUGCAGUCUUAAUAUUGUGAGAAUUUACCACUUGAAAAACUAACUGUCCCAACACCAUCUGUCUCAAUAAUGAUUGUACAGUCUCCUUCCACUGCUCCCCACGGCGUUAGCAAACACUAUAGAUGUGUUCGAGCCGUUUUGACUGCUCACGGUGAUGUCUUAGCUGCAUGUCGAUAGGAGACACCUGUUGCAGUUUCCGGCAUAUCAUUUUGCGGCUUGUAACUGUGUCGUUACAUGUAGUGGAUUAGUCAGUAAAAGUAGCUUUAUAGGUGUCGUGAGUGUGUCGUCACUCUCCCUUUUCUUCCAUUCGUUUUUGCUACACAUGAAUGAAAUGCUCUCCACCUUAAAAAAAAAAAAAAAAAGAAAAAAAAGAAAAGCAAGCCUUACACAGACAAGAGCGUUAGAUCAAAUGGAGCGGUCUCAGGGAUGUCCACUUGAUUGUGACUCUUGUGUGUGGCUGAGGGUCUUCCAUUUUCAGGCAUAAUGUGGCUGUUGACAGAUGAUGAGGGACGUGCAUGCUUUCCCCCCGCCCCAAAGUGAAAUGUUUUGUUAUUAUGGAUACUUUUGCACACAUAUACAGCAAAAAUUUUACUUGAAAACAAUGUCGUGCACAAAUGUAUAAAGUUUGCAUCAGGUUUAUUUAUUGGGGCACUUAAUACAGGAACAGCUCACUAUUCUCACUCUGACCUGAGCUGCAGAGGGGAGCUGCAUUGGCAGGUCUGGCAGAGAGGAACACUCUAAACAUGUAUUACAAUAAAUCUGACUGAUUAAAAGGGUUCAGGUUUAAAAUGUCACUCAAAACUUGUAUCUGUUUUUGUAAAUCUCAACAGCUGCUUCCAACACUGCUUCCUAUUCUUUCAUAGGAGCAUACUUAGCCAAGGAAUGUUGCUUACAUAUUAUGAGACUCAUCUAUACGAUAAUAAAAGUGAAACCAUCUAAUGCAGGAUAUUUCUCUGCAGAAGUUCUUACACGCUUUCUCUAAUCACUAUGGAAAUCCAAGUUGUUUGGGAAAACCAAUUCUGUUUCUAGACGCUAAGCAUGUCUUCCAAAAAUAGUGAUUUGCAGUUGGUGAAGAACUGAGUGAUAGAAACUGAAGAAUAUGAAUAAAAAGUGGUUCCCCUGCAGAAUGUUCUCCACAAUGCCUAUGCUUAUUGGUCUGUUCAUGUUGCCACAGUGACCCCUUGUGCUCAACGGUGCAUAAACAUUCGAAUGUCUAAACCAAAUAGAUGUGCUGUGAAGAGCUCUAAGCAAAGCAGAUUACCACCUGUUCUCCCCCCCGCCGCUAUUCGUGCUUGUUGAUGUUAGGUGUGCCGGCAAUUUCUCCAGUUUUUAUUUUUGAAGUGUUUAGAUGGCUAUUUUUCUUGUUUUUGGCAUUGCUUUUGUAAGAUCUGUGAGGUUUUUUUUACAUAAUGGGGCUUGCAAUGUUAUGCAUUAAUUGAUUCAGGGUAUCAUUUUUAAAUUUCACAGCAUCUGCACAUAUUGUUAUCUGAUUUAUCGCCGUCUAUCAGCAAGAUCAGCAAUAUGUAAGAGUAAGCCAUCAUGUUUGGCAUGGAUGGUUAUUUUUAAAAAUUCACCCUUGGAGGCCUCCUUGCCAUUCUGAGACAUAAAACAUGCCAGAUGGACAGAAUGAGCGGAGGCGGUAAUGCAAAAGAAGUUUUGUUUUGUUUAGGUUUUAGAUAUUCAGCGUUUUUAUUAUUUUCCUGUGGCUAUAUUUGACUGUGAAUGUACUUUUUCUGUUCUUUUCAUACAGAUGGUUUUAUUGUUUACCUAUUGCACUGUAUAAUCAUUGUGGGAAUAUAAAAUCAUAACAAACAUGUGAACGGGUGAAAACAGUCAGCCGAUGCCUGCCAUAUUUAAAUCGUUACACCCUAAAUGUGAACAAGUGCAAACUUCUGAGGUUUUCUCGUCAUUACAGACAAGAUGAUGCAUCGUAUAAUUCAUGGUGGAUUAAAUUAAGUGUAAAAA